CUUUAUAUCUACUACAUCGUUGCAACCUUAUCGGAGGCUAUUGCGUGCCAGGCACGCGUUUGGCCGGCGCCCCUCCUACCUUCCUCAAUCAGCGACGGGGUCGGCUUUGUCACUUUCCUUCUUUCCUUUAGGCUGCGGUCUUCCAUCCUUUCCUGGCCUGGUGCCCCGGCAGGAUUCGCGGAUGACGUCAUACUUCAAGCAGCCUGCGUUGGGAGCGCAGAGAAG